AAGCCUUCCUGAGUGCUUGCUAAAAUGUUGGAGAGCAAAUGCAACACGGCACCGUUUUGAUUAAUUUUGAUUCUCCAAUGCUGAAUUGCUAACUUUUUGACUAUGUCUACAACAAGGAGAAAUCCCAGACCUGGAGGAGGUACUAUCACCUCAAGGAAAACCAAUCAAAUGGCAUCUGUGAGCAAGUCCAAAUAUGGUGGACGCCCCUCAGUGUACGGGUCGUCUCGCACCAAUGUGCUGUCCUCAGCCAGCAAGCGAAGUGUAGGAGCUGCCCACAGUGACCGAUCAGCUGGCAUAAUCAAACCCCCUGUACAGAUUUUUGAUGAAAAUGGAGCAGAUGUAACGCCACAACCACUGUUACAGCAAGAUCCUAAUGCCGUGAAGAAAAACCAAAGCAAUAUUAUGGACAGCUCCGGAGGAACACCAACUGACCUGAUGUCCCAAGCAUCCAUAUAUAACACUGGGACAGUUACAGCCAGUACGUUUGGAGGUGGACCAUUCACAAGGUAAUUAUAAUCUGCAGCUU